GUUUGGCAAUACAACUGGCACAACAUCUCUUUUCUCAUCUCUUGAAAAACAAAACAAAACAAAACAAAAACCAACAGAGAAAAAAAAAUACCUUAAGAAUAAAGGUAAUGAUUAAUCUAUCAGGCACAAAAAGGAUCGUUUUGGGGAUUUCAGAUUCUAACUCGCAAAGUCAGAUAAAUAACAGUGAACAGGGGAUGACAAUUGCACCAGAAGAGGAUUAAGUCACGGGCUGUAAUUGGGACAGCGUUUGUACAGUCAGAGAAUCUCACCAGACAUCUCCAGGAAUCUGUGAGCAGUCGUCAAAACUUCCAUUUUCACGUGCGAGUGAAGGAGGGACCAGAAGAAGCAGGUACUGGUGGAGAGAGUGGUCCUUGGAGAAACCCACGAUGCAGCCUGGGAAGGGGCGAAAGGGGAAAAGCUUCAAGCAGAGACUGGUCUUGAAAAGCAGCUUAGCUAAAGAGACAAUCUCUGAGUUCUUGGGCACCUUCAUAAUGAUUGUCCUUGGAUGUGGCUCUGUCGCCCAAGCUAUCCUUAGUCGAGGACACUUUGGAGGAAUUGUCACCAUCAAUGUUGGAUUUGCCAUGGCAGUUGUAGUGGCCAUUUAUGUGACUGGAGGUGUCUCGGGUGGCCACAUCAACCCAGCUGUGUCUUUUGCAAUGUGUCUCUUCGGACGAAUGAAAUGGUUCAAAUUUCCUUUUUACGUGGGAGCCCAGUUCUUGGGAGCCUUUGUGGGAGCUGCAACCCUCUUUGGCAUUUACUAUGAUGGACUUAUGGCCUUUGCUGGUGGAAAAUUGCUCAUUGUGGGAGAAAAUGCAACAGCACACAUUUUUGCAACAUACCCAUCUCCAUAUCUGUCUCUGACGAAUGCAUUUGCAGACCAAGUAGUGGCCACCAUGUUCCUCCUCAUGGUUGUCUUUGCCAUUUUUGACUCCAGAAACUUGGGAGUCCCCAAAGGCUUAGAGCCCAUUGCCAUUGGCCUCCUGAUUAUUGUCAUUGCUUCUUCCUUGGGACUGAACAGUGGCUGUGCCAUGAACCCAGCACGAGACCUGAGUCCCAGACUUUUCACAGCUUUGGCAGGAUGGGGGUUUGAGGUCUUCACGACAAGAAUUCUCUGUCCGGUUUGCGUUCUUGGGCACCUGGCACUAACAAAUCCUUUUCCGUACACCUGGCACCUGGCAGCGUCUAUUAAUGAGGAAACCAACGGGAUGUGGUAAUGUCCUUAAACACGGAGAUCUGAGGGGAGUGUUGUCACUAAGACAAAGGAACGGAAAGUCGGACAAACAUCAGCUUGCCCAAGAGGAGAAACUUCAUCAAUGAGAGAGCCCAGGAGUGUGGAGAAGAAAUGUUGGAUUCCACGCAGAAGCUCCCAAAAGCCCCUCCUAAAAGCUUCUACAUUUUCCAGCUUGCCUUGUUUCUGCCCGAGUGAAUGAUCAGGCGUUGAAAACUAUUCUAUUGGCCGUGUUGGGGCAUAUAAUGCUCCCUUUCAAAUGCUGGGAGGCUGACCUUUCAAAAGAGGUGACAAAGUUCUUCUGAUUAAAGACCCACUUGAAGGAAAGUAAUGGGGAGUGGGGAAGAAUGAAAGAACAGGAGGGAAUGAUGGAAAGAGACUGUGGCUGAUUUCUAGCAGGUGGGUGGAGAAGUAAGCGGGGGGACCUAAAUUCAGAAGGGCCAGGCAUGCCAGAGGAGAGGAAGCGGGCUUUAUCAUCAAAGAGCAGAAGCCCUACAGCCCCUGGCCGCACCAGCAGCUGGCAGAGAGCCCCUGGCCAGGAGAUCUGUGCCGAGACUGAAAGGGAGAGGGGUCAGUCUUAGAAACUGCAGGUCUGGGAAACAAACUGAGGGCUUCAGAGGGGAGGAGAGGUGGGGGAAUGGGAUAGACUGGUGAUGGGUAGUAAGGAGGGCACGUAUUGCAUGGUGCACUGGGUGUUAUACGCAACUAAUGAAUCAUCAAACUUUGCAUCAGAAACCAGGGAUGUACUGUAUGGCAACUAACAUAAUAAAAAAACAUUAAAAAAAAAAAAAGAAACUGCAGGUCUAGCUGAGGACAGGAGCAAGUCGUCUGGGCUGAAAAUAGUAGGAGUGAUUGAAAGUCUGCAGAUGGAGUGAUUGGGACCCAGGCAUCACCCUCUGCCCCAGACGGAUGCUGAUUGCAGGCCCCACCCCAACCCCAGCCAGUGGAGGAGUUUUCCCCCCCCAGAAAAAGGGAAUGGCCACAGAGGAAGGACCUCCACGUGCCUCCCUCCCUCUGCCCCUUAUACACAAACAUAACUCCCAGAACUCCGAGUCAGUUUAUUUAUGCCACAAUCUCAAAUACAAACCGACAACCAAGGAUCAUCAACCAUUGGAGGAAAUUUCCUACCUUUCCCAGGAAGCCCCCCUCCCCUACCUGAAAAUGACCAAAAUAGACAGGGAAAAAAGAAAAAAAAAAAAACUGUAUGAGGGGCGCCUGGGUGGUUCAGUUCGUUAAGCGUCUGCCUUUGGCUCGGGUCAUGAUCCCAGGGUCCUGGAUGGAGGCCCAGAGUCCCACGUGGGAUUCCCUACUCAGCAGGGAGUCUGUUUCUCCCUCUCCCUCUGCCCCUACCCCUCUCCUUCUCUCUCUUUCUCUCUCUCUCUUGCUUUCUCUCUCAAAUAAAUAAAAUCUUUUUUAAGAAAAUAAGCUAUAUGUAUAGGUAAUAAUGUCUGAUCCAGGGGGGAAAAACAUUGAAACUUCUAAUUAGAUCCUUAAAUACAUGCAAGAAAACAUCACCUACUCUGCGUCCUGUUAAAAAGAAAAGCAGCCCCCAAACACAAGCAUUUAUGCUAGGCCCUGUCAGCAACUGGGGCUAAAUACUGAACCUAAUUACGGUUUCAGCCUCCCCCAGAAACACAGUCUGAACCGGUCAGUCAGGAAUUUUCUGGUCAGCAGCAAUGAGGUCAUCUGUCACAUGGGCCUUCUCCAUCCCCCAAAGGAAGAUGAGGUCAUCCACCUAAGGGAAGGUGACUCGGCCUGAAACAGUCCUUUCUUUUCUUUGGCUAAUAACUUCUUGCCCCACCCUCCUUGCUGUGAAGUCCUCCCAUGUUGUACAGCUCCCGGGAGCAUCUCUCUGCUUGCUGGCUGGGUGGGAUGCUGCCGCAUUCACCAAUUGCUUAAGAAAGCCAAUUAGAUCUUCCAAUGCACUCGGGCUCAAUCUUGGUUUUUUUAACAUCCCCCCAAGAGAAGAAAAUACAAUUAAAGUGAAACAACUACAGGACAAAAUCUUGGAAAUUUUAAGCAUGUUUCCAAAAUAAAAGCCCAAUAGAAGGCGUAAAAUAUAAAAUAUACUUUGUU